AUGACCACAGACACUGCGCGGCUCCUCGGCGGGUCGCUAGGCCGGCGCGUCCAGCAAAUCGUCCAGCAGCCCCUGGACUCGGCCUCGGUGCGGCAGACGCUCCAGACGCUAGCCUCGAGCUACGGGGACGCGGGAGGCGCUGAGGGUGCGCUGGCGCGGCUGGCGAGGCACCGCGACGUGCGCCAGGACAUGGCCGAGCGGACCCAGGCGCUGGACGAGGAGUUUGUCCUGGCCCUGGGCGCGGUCGACGCAGUCUUCGGCGAGCUCGAGGCCAACGUCGCUGCGAUCGACCAGCAGUGCCUGGCGCUGCGCCAGCAGGUUGGCCGGGCACUGCGCGCCACCGCGGGCGCAGCGCAGCAGGCGGCGCUGCUGGGCGAGGAGCAGCGCGACCUGCAGCGCCGCCGCACGCUGGCGCAGCGGCUGGCCGAGAAAUUCACGCUGGCGCCGGCGCACCGGGCGGCGCUGUCCCAGCGGCCACCCACGGUCGACGCGGUGUUUUUCGCCGCGCUGGACCGCGUGGCGGAGGCGCGCGCCGAGUGCCGCCUGCUGGGCGACCGCCUGGCCGCGCGCGAAAUGGCCGCCGAGCUGGAGCGCGUCGAGGGCGACGCGUUCGACGCGCUGCUGCGGUGGGCGCUGGCGGCCGUGCGGCAGCAGCUUGCCGGCGACGCGCCCGCGGCCGAGCCCGCGGCCGAGCUCAGGCGGGCGCUGGCCAGGCUCGCGCCGCACGCGGCGCUGGCAGCCGCGGCCGAGGCCGAGAUCGCCAGCGUGCGGUGCGCGGCGCUGGAGCAGGCCUUCCUGCGCGCCCUGGCCACCGGAGGCCCCGGCGGCCGGCCGCGGCCGAUCGAGGCGCAUGCCGGCGAUCCGCAGCGCUUCGUCGGCGACAUGCUCGCCUGGGUCCACCAGGCGUGCGCCUCCGAGCGCGAGCUGCUCGGCGCGAUGGUUGGCGAGCGCGGCCGUGACGUAGGCGCCAGCGCGCUUCUGCCGCGUGCGCUGGCGAACGUCGCGCGGCCGCUGGAGAUCCGCGUGGCGCAGACCGUCGGCUCGAUGCGCGACGCGGUGGCGCUGUACCGCGUCGCCAGCGUGCUGGGCUUCUACGCCGCGCUGUUCGGCGGCGCGCUGCCGGGCGGCGCGCUGCUGGCGACGGUGCAGGCGCUGGAGCGGCAGGCGCACGCGCAGCUGCUGCGGCGGCUCGGCGAGCUGGCGGACGCGGCGGACUUUGCGGCCGUGACGCCAGCGCUGGACGCGCCGGCGGCAUUGGCAGGGCUGCUGGCGGCGGCCACGGGCAUCCUGCGCCUGCACAUGGACUCGGUGGACGAUGCCAGCGCCGGCGGCCCGGGCGCGUCGGUGGUCGGUGCCAUCGCCGGCGUCCUGCGCCGCGCGCUGCACGAGGCGCAGGCGGCGGCGCCGAGGACGCGGCUGCGCGGCUACGAGCAGGCCAUGUUUGAGCUCAACGUGGUUGGCGCUGUGCUUGACGCGCUGGCGCCGUUUGCGCAGCGGCUGCUGGCGCAGUGCGUCGCCGACGUGCGCGUGCGCGAGGCCGCCCUGGUGGAUGAGCUGCGCGCGCAGCUGUGCGCGGUGCUGCGCGACCGGGCGCAGCUGCCGCUGGCGCAGAGCACCGUCGGCGCCGCGGAGAUCGAGGCCUUCAAUGCGCAGCUGAAGGGCGCGUCGGACUUUGAUGUUUCGCGCUUGGUCGCGCGCCUGCAUAACCACGCGCUGGCGCGCAACGUGGCCGCCGAUGUUGCGCGCUUGUUUGUCGACGAGUACGCGGCGUUCUACGCCAGAGUCGCCGCGUCGAUGCGCGGCAGCGCUGAGCUGGCGCUGCUGUUGCCGCCCGAAACCGUGUCGACGCUGCUGUGA